CCUUCGGUUGAGUGAAACUGCUCUUCUGCGGCGGCCAUUUUGGCUCCGCGGCAUGAGUGUUACCGAGGAAUGACCUUCCUCCCUCUUGAACCCGAAUGUCGCCAGUUUCCUUGCCGCUGUUUGAAGAACCAGUGGAUGUGAAAACAGCGCCAUUUCUGUCGGCGUCCAUGAUACGCGAUGCUACCGCAGCGGAUUCCAGAGCUCGAGCUCGGAUCGGCAGCGGGAGAGAAGUAGCCGCUCCCCUUUCUGCUGCUCUUUACUUCAGCACACGGCAGGUGGUGCCGGUGAAGUAAGAAGAAGCCCCAGUAUGGACCCUUCCAACUAAGGCGCAAACACAUUGUGUGUUUUGCUCAACAGCAGAAGCCAUGCCUGACGAUAACUACCCAUCACAAUGCUGCUCUACCUGAGAAUGGCCUACACCUGAGGUCCCAUGCGUCCAGUGAGCACCGAUUCAGACGGUCCUGCUCCUCCUGAAAACCUCUCUUGCCCCUACCCCCUCGUGGGCCCCCUGCCUGCCUCAGAGAUGUCCCUGCUCCAGUCGCUGGGUCCGGUGCAAAGCUGGCUCGGCCAAGAGCUUGAGAAGUGCGGGAUCGAUGCCAUGAUUUACACCCGCUACGUCCUCAGCCUUCUCCUGCACGACAGUUACGACUACGACCUGCAGGACCAGGAAAACGACAUCUUCUUGGGCUGGGAGAAGGGAACUGGGAAGAAAUGGGGCAAGAGUAAGAAGAAAGGAGGGACUGACCUGAGUCUUGAGGAAAUGAAGAAGCAAGCUGCUGUGCAAUGCCUCCGCUCUGCAUCUGAUGAAAACUCUGGAAUUGAGAGCCUGGUUGAAGAGCUUUGCUCUAAACUUAAGGACAUCCAAAACAAACAGAAAGAGGAAAAACAGAUUCAUAAGAAAUCUGAUGGAGCUCAGUCUCCCGAGCGAGCUGAGUCCCCCUCUUCAAAGGACCAGGUGGAAAUGUAUUAUGAAGCCUUCCCUCCUUUGUCAGAAAAACCUGUUUGUCUCCAAGAGAUCAUGACGGUGUGGAACAAGGCUAAGGCCUGCGCUUACUCGAGUUCAUCAUCCUCUGCAGCCCCACAGACCAGCACGGACACCUCCUCCCCGAAAGAUUGCAACAGCGAUGGAGAGGCUGCGAGAGAGCGAAACCCGGAGGCAUGCGGUACCAUCACGACUGUGACCAACGAGAGAGGCCAGCAACGACGGAGCAAGAAGGAGAAAGAAAACAGAUACCAUGGUGGGGCAGCAGCAGAGGAGAAGUCUACCGUCCACUCCAAGAGACAGAUCAGACACAGAUCUGAGGGUAAAUACAGACCCAGGUCCUGGUCUUCUGGCUCUAGUGAGGCUGGCUCAAGCUCAAGUGGGAACCAGGGUGACUCCAAGUCAUCCAGGAGCAAGGCAGUUAGAGUAAGGCACAAGUCCAGGGAGGCUGUGAAGAGUAAGAGAACACGCAAUAGCGGGCAGGUGAAGCUUCAGGUGAAGGUAAUCGACAGAGAGGAUCGAAGAAACGCCGGAGGGAGCAGCAGCAGCGCCGCAGGAGGAGCUGCCAAACAAACACAGCUUUACAAAAAGGGGAAGAGACCGCUGAAGGAGAUUCGUAAAGAUCCUGGCUGGAAGGAAGCAAAAGAGUCCGGAGCUGAGGUCAGAAACAAAAAGGAAUACAUGGAGGAGCCUCUCUGGUACACCGAGCCCAUCACAGAGUAUUUUGUACCCUUCAGCAGCAGACAAAGCAAGCUGGAAACAAAAUAUCGAAGCAAGGUAGACUCUCCCGAUGGCUUUGCUCUGUCAGCCGACAUGGAGAGGCUGCCGGAGAGAAUCCAGGGAAUCUGCAUUGCCAACGAGAGCUACCAGAGAGCGUACCUAGCAGCAGGCUCGUUUGUGGAUGGGCACUUUGUGGAAGGGCCUGGCGAGGCAGAAGAUGAACCUGCUGAACUCACUGGGACCUCAAGCUGCCCUCAGCCCGAGGAUAGUAGAGAUUUAGAUGACAAGCAUCUGUCUGAAUUCACUCACUUCUAUGAAGUGGAUAUUUAUCAAUCCAUAUUGGAUACUAGUGCCUCAGACUCGAUACAAGAGAGUCGGAUCCUAAGCAUGAUUCGACAAAAAAGCAAAGAGCAAAGAGACGUUGAGGCAGAAUGUUGUUUAGUGUUAGAUGGCCUUGAGCAGCAAGGGAAAAGUGCAAUACGGGCAGACUCACAGGACGCUUCGGGAUCUGUAGGAUUCUUAAUGGAGGAUCUUGAAACCAUGGCUCAAGUGUGGGGAUGUUAUUCACCAUCUACUUCAGAAGAUAUAGAUGGAGAAAGUUUUGUUGGGGAUUCUCCCAUCCGGCUCUCCCCGCUCCUCGAUAGUGUUUCGUUCACACUGAGCAAACUAUCUGGACACCUGGAGGAGCCGCCCGCUCCUGAAGCCGCCAGUGAACCGUCUGGUUUGAACUCGUCCUGCUUCUCUCUUUUCGAGCUGCAGUACGAGAGCCCCACUUUUCCUUUACCCCGCGACUCACUCACCGUUGGUCACGAAAACAACACAGAUUCUAGUAGCUGUCUCGACCCUCACUCUAAUAAACAGUCUCGUUUGCUAAUAUGGACCAAAAAUAGUGCCUUUGACGAAACUGAACACUGUUCGAACCUUUCAACACGAACUUGCAGUCCGUGGUCACAUUCGGAGGAGACUCGUUCAGACAACGAGCAAGGAAAUGUUCCGACAGAGGAUGCUGCUCAUAUUGGCAACGAAGAGAUUGAUUGUAUAAUCCCUCCGCUCUCUGGUACAUAUCUGGAGGAAGAAAUCUUGGAGUUUUUGCAAGAAGACUCCGGUCGCAAGUGUGAGGAGGUCAGUGUUACCACAGCGUCCAAUCAGACCUUCACCAAAAAAUCUAAAUUGGAGUCCAUCUGUGGUAUCGCAUUGGAAGAGGAUGAGAGUAAACAGUACAGCACUGGCAUGUUUUCGGACAACACAAACCACCACAGUGAUGACUACAGCUCAGGGAUAAUAAAGGACAUUUGGACUGCAAUAGGAGAUGACAAAUCUGUGAUAUCGAGGCCAGGAGCAGAGAAGCCCAGCGAGGGGCUUUUCUCAGAUGAGUCAGCCGGUUAUUGCUGCAGCUGUUUGGAGGUGCAGGCAAAAGGAGGUCCGAUUCAGGGGCCUCAGAAAAAAGCAGUGCAGCGCUCAGAGUAUCACCUGUGGGAGGGCAAGAAAGACGAACAGGACUUAGCCAAAAACAAACUCUGCAAGGUGGAUGCUGCCGGGGAUUAUAUGACUCCGUCCAAGUCCUGGGACUUGAACUCUGAUAAGGAGAGCACAUCGUUCAUCCUGGGAGGGGUGUAUGGAGAGCUGAAGACACUAACUGGUGAUAAAAACUGGGCUGUUGUGCCGCCAAGUGACACCCAAGAAAGCCUGCUAACAUGUGCUGCUGCUGCGGCUGCUUCUGCCUCAAGCUCAGACAUGCUCACCAUCACUGGCACAGAUGUGUUCAUGAACACCGGCAGCUGCUUUGCCCCUGGGCACAAGCCCCUGUGGAGGCCUCUGGUCUCCUUUGGGCAGAGUGACCAGGCCAUCAGAGGAGGCGGGGACGGAUUAAAUAAGGGAUUUUCUUUCAUCUUCCAUGAAGAUUUGCUCGGAUCUUACGGAGGCUUGCAUAGUGAGGAGCAAGGUUUGGAAUAUCCGUUUGCAUCCCUCAACCUGAACAAUCCCUUCUCCCAAGUCCUCCAUGUGGAGUGUUCCUUUGAGCCUGAAGACAUGGCCUCAUUCAGUCCAGGGUUCAAGCCCAAAUCUAUCCUCUGCUCGGACUCUGAGAAUGAAGCCUUCCCUCCUAGAAUAUACGGCAUCAACAGGACGCAGUACAGGGCCAUCCGCAUUUCCCCCAGGACUCAUUUCCGACCGAUAUCGGCUUCAGAGUUGUCUCCUGGUGGAGUGAGCGAUUCAGAGGCUGAGACCGACAAAGAGGAGAUGAGUUUUCCCGUCCUGGCGCCGGUGGACGUCUUCGAUGAUCCUCAGGCCGACCUCAAACCUCUCGAGGAGGAUGCAGAAUGUGAGGGCCCUUAUUACGGGAAGUCAGAACUGGAAUCUGGUAAAUUCUUACCCAGAUUAAAGAAGUCUGGCAUGGAGAAGAGCGCCCAGACCUCUCUGGAUUCACAGGAGGGUUCCAGCACCCUCCUGCCGAUCGCUGAGCAAGAGAUUUGCUUAGACUGCAAAACGGCAGCAGCUGCUUCGACUGCAGGCGGAGAGACGGGCGUCUCAGUCGGCAAGAUUGAAAAGGAGGAAUCAUCAGGAGAAAAACAGUCCUGCUUAUGUGCACCAGCAGGUCAGAUCCCAAAGUACGGGAUCACCUAUGACUUUGUUGGAGAAAUGCCAGAGUUCCCUCUGUUAAAUGUAAGUGGACAGGGAGGAACUGGCAACCAGCAAGAUGAGUGCUGGUGGCAGAACACACUCUGUUCCCCCCUUUUCCCUGGAUCUCAGUGUACAGGGAGCAGCAACAUUUGAAUACUCCAGUUUUGCAGAGGACACCUGUCGUGGAGGAGAAACCUCCCUCUCCUUUUGUGACUGGACCUCUACCAGCAAAGAUUCAGGGUCAUCUCAGAGCUGGAAAACCUAAUGUAGGCUAAUUUUCUGAGACCACCCAACCAAAACACCCCGCACAUAACCCUGCUGGUUUUCAUUUACUAACUUACAACCUUGUGUAAUCAAUCAGAUCAACAAAAAGUGAGCGAAAAUAGGAAAACUCAAAAAAUAUGUUCUGUCUUUGAGUGAUGCCAUGUGCGGAAAUGCAUUUUAGGCGUUUUUAGAAUUUGUUUCAUUUGAUUCUUCUGUACACUGGUCCUCAUCGAGUCUCACCGUUAGAUAGUUGGGACAAUCUUUUGUUCUAUCCUUGUCAGUUUUGUUCCCAUCAUUUUUGCUUUUGAACUAGGAUACUGGUAGUUGUUGGUGUCUGAAUGGUUGUGCAUGUGUGUUCGUCCAGCCAGUCUCACUCCUCUUUCUCAGAUGUUGUGUGAAAACGACUGCGAUCACAUCCUCUACUUUCCAUCUUGUGUUCAGAAAGAUUAUACACGGAUGUUGAGGUUUCUGAGUUGUGUAAUAAUUUGAGAGUUUAAUUUAAAUAGUUUGGACGACUUUCUGAAUGUAAAGUAGAGAAUGUGUGCAGCUUUCUUCUAAAUUGCCCUGAACUUCCCCCCCAUGUGUGAAAAGUUAUCAUAAAUGAGUCUGAUUUUUGAAUGGUGAUAGUCUUACAGAAGCUAGUAGUAGACUUAGUAUGGUUUGUGAGGCUAAAAUUGAAAAAAAAAUCCUUAAAAAUAAAAAAAACAGGAAAUCAAAAAUGAGUUUUGUUGGAAAAAUACUAAUAAUCUACUUGAAAUGCAACGCUGUAAAAGACGUGAGGGGAAAAAAGAAAAAAAGUUUGUGUUUUGCGAUAAAGCCCCUUCAUGAAAAGACAAACAGCCAUUUCUGCAGACACCAUUUGUUGCAACUGAAUGAAACCUUGUUUUGUUUCUUUGUAAUUUAACGGUACAGACUAUUGGUGCUAUAAAUAUGUUCAAUUUGAAGUUGCAGUUCAUGAUACGGCUGUGAUACGUAGAGAGCCUAGUUUUGUUCGUAGUCCAGGAAGUCAGACUCCAUGAAUAUCUUUUUGCUGAAAAUUGUGAAAAGAAGAAAAAAUGUUUCUCGCUAAAUGUUGCUUGGUUUUUAUUUGAAGGAAACCUCUCAGUUGUCAGAGCCUGUAAGAGCUGAAGCAGAAACACUCGCACGUGUUUCAAUCUCACCUUCUCAGUUUAUCGUCCCGGCAGAACGGACAACACCUGACGUUUAAGCUAAACAAGCGGCGGGACGGCGGUCAAACCAAAAACAUAAACAGAGUAAAUACACUAAGGUACAAAUGCUUUUUCCAUAUGAGGUGUGCUUUCUUUUGUUUUUUUGUUUUACAAUAUAUCUUGUUGAAAUAUUGAGCAGCGUCUCACUGUGUGUGUGUGUGAGUGUGUUGGCAGAACUUGUGAAGGCACUGGUUCAGAAUGAGUGUUACUAAACUUUAUCUCAGAGAAACAUGAAUGUUUGCAGAGACAUACAUUCACAAAAUAAAGCUAAUGCAUUAAAAGAGAACCCUGAAUGCAUCGCGAGCGAUCCGAUACUAAAAACAGAAGGUGUGUUGGUUUGCCCUUUUAGUAACCCAUGAGCCUGCAGCUCCUGCAGACACAACGCUAGAGCCCGGCUGAUGUAUCUGCUAAUAUCCACCUAUUAAUGCAUCAUCGCAAAAUGUAACACAGACAAAAAAAGGAAACAAAUGGCGUCCAACUUUGCAACCAAGCCCAUCAGACCGGGGACGUUUGUGUGACUGCAUUGCAAAGCGAUGCAACGGCGACAAAAUCCAUGUAACUUGCAAAGAAGAAAACAGUAGCAUGUUCGAGGCAGGCCCCCCCCUCGAGUGUCCGGAUCCUUUGUUCUGGCUGACUCUGUUUCAUCGUCGUGUCCUCUUUUGUUCUCAUAAAAACGUUUUCUGUUAGUCGCUAAAAAAGGAAGUCUUGCGCUCUUUAAAAAGUCGGCAGUGCUUCCUCACACACAAACACAUACCAGCUUCAUUUGGCUUGCAGAUAAAAGAGAGGAGGGGGAAGCGCCACACACACAAAGUCAGUGCAGAGAAUGAGCUGUUUCCUCCUCCGGCCCGACUGCGUCGCGCUCUCUCAGCACUGUCUGCAGAGCAUGAAGUGGUGCAGUUGGUUCCACUACUUAGUUGAAACUGCAUCAUCAAAACCUGCCGAAAAGGAAGUUUCCUCUUCUAAAGUCAACACCUGUCUUAGAUUAUAUCAGUCGGGCUCUAAUUAAUGUAACUUUUGAAUAUCUGUUUUUUAUUUCCUAAAGUAGUCGAGGACGUUUGCGGGUCGCCUCGUUCGUCUCAUUAUUCCUUCAAACCGAAGCACAGAGAAGUAAAUAAAAUCAUCCCUCCUUUAUGAAAUAUGUCUACAUUGUGAGCAGACGCUGUAAUGCACUGUCGCAGGUGAAGGUGUGUCUGUCACAGAAAAGGCUUCAUCGUCAAGAGUCAAGAUUGUACGCUAAGGUCCGCUCGAUCCAACGCCAACUCAACCGACCCCCAAGUAGCCGAACGAGAGGUACUCCAACCUCAGGGUCUUUUUCGUCACCGUUCUUUGACCGUCAUCAGACACUCAGGAAUUUUUUAAUACAAGCAUACAGCAUAAUCUUCCACUCAGACCUGUGACAGUGCAUUGAUGCAUUAUUGUAAAAGCUUUCUUUGAUUGUAGAGCAGAAAUUAUCGACAGUUCUUUUGAAGCAGACCACACAGGUGGCUCUUUGAUUUAUAGUUUCAGGGGGAGAGGGAGAGAAAAAAAACAGAAUCAAGCCAUCGUGGGUUGCAUAAGCAAUGCAGAGAGGAAUACAAGAGGUCCUAUGCAAUACCUUGGCGCAUGUAAACAUUGAAGAAUAUAUGGAGGAGUCAUUCAGUUAAUUUUGCAUGUUGACUGAUUUUGAGCGAGAGGAAAAAAAACAAACAAGGAAUGUCUCAAAACGCAGCAUGCAAACAUCACACUCCAUCUUUUCUGUUAGUUUGAGAAUAAACACAAGAGGUUAAAUCAGUGAUCGAAAGGAUGCGUGUGUGAAUCUGUGUGUGAAUGAGACACAAAAAGCACUUAAGAGUUGAAAGGAAUGCAUCACACCUUUCUCCAUUUGAUUCUUCCAUUUUGAUAGGCUGUGUGUUUAAAAAAAAAAAAAAAAAGACAAAAUGAGGAGAUCAUGCAUCCAGUGAGGGUAUAUAUGCAGUUGGAACGACACAGAGAGACGCCACAGAGUUUCAGUUGCACUGCGGUUUGAAGAACAUAUCCAGCACUGAAAACUUCCUCGUCUUUUCAUUCCCCCCCCUAGACGCUCCUCCACCCGCCCCUCCCCUCCUCUAUGUUCCUAACCCCACCCGUCCCGAGUAGCUCUGUUGUUCUAAUUUCAUGUACACCCUGAGUAAAUUAUUUUGUUUCAUUGUGGAUUUUCUUAACAUCUAAUAAAGGAAUAAACCAAACCUCA